ACCAUCAGUGAUGCCGUCAAGAUCUACCGCAGCUUAAUGCGUAUCGGCGCUCUCGAAGUCGAAGCACUUUGUGAAAAGAUUAAAUAUCGCUUGCGGAAUGAGCCAGUCAAUGAGGUUGACGUGCAAAGCAUCUGGGCCUUGCAAUUCCCUGAUUGGAUCGAUGCUGUCAUGCGCAACAUUGUCAGGUUCAACGUGUUAAACAUGCAGCCCGCCGGUGGAUACAUCGACUUGUUUAUUGAAGCAGAGUUGCUUCAGUAUCACGAUAGGGGUGCUGCACGGGUCGUUGACAUGUAUGAGCGGCAU